UGUAAGCGUGCAUGUUGAGUGUGCAGUGUGCAUGGGACUUCGGCAACCGGCAUGAAUCCACCCCAGCCAAGACUCACCGGGCGACCCGAAGCGGUGCAAACAGUGCUCACAAGAUCUCGCACACGACCUGAUGACGUAUCGAGGGAAGUAGCUACCCUCCGAAAGUGCGGGAUAACUGAAUCUCGAGGUGGUUGAUAAGGCGGCGAGUCCGCCUUGCCUUGUUUCGCCGACGACAUCCUAACAACAUAUAAUACCCUCUACUUACCCUAGACUUUCCUUGAUACAUCAACCCAAACACCGUUGAGAACUUGAAAGAGAUGGCAGCAACAGAAUACUACAUGGGCACUGCGGCCGCGCAGCAACUCGGCCAUAUCAGGCCGCCUGCGCAUGAACUGCCUGGACACCAGCAAUUGUCGUACCAGCACUCGCAGCCUGCAAACCAAAUCCAGCCUUAUAACGAAAGGCCUCCAACCUACUCGCCAUAUCCUGCCCAACAACAGCAACCGCGACCACAGCAAACCUACCAACCUCAACAAUACCAACAGCGCCCGCAAGGCCAUCAGCAACCCUACCCUCUACCGCCAGCGUCAUACUCGCCACGCCCUACCUCGCAACCGCGACCGCAACGCUACCCGCAACCACAACCGCAAAGCGCCCUCCUCGGAGUUCCCCUACAGCACCAUCGCAGCCAUUCCCAGCCUCCACGCGUCCGCUUUGCAGACCGUGACGAGUACUCGACCGACUCCGGCUCGUACACCUCCGACUCCUCCGCUUCCCGGCGCCGCCACAAGAAACAUCACCACCAUCACCAUCACCGCCGGUCAUCGGAUCAUGAUAGCCGCGACCGAGGGUACGACUCCGAGCCGCGCUCCGAGCCCCGAAACGCACACUCCAAGUCUCGAAAGAACCGCGAUACCUUCCUGGGUGCUGGCGCAGGCGGCGUGAUCGGGGAUGCAAUCUUCCCUGGACUAGGCACCGUAGGUGGGCUACUGCUAGGCGGCUACGGGGGUCGAAAGCGCGCGAGUAAGAAGGAGGAGGAUAGGGAGUGGGAGGCCGAGAGCGAUGCCGAUUCCGCACGCAAGCAUGGGCGGAACCACAAGCAUAGGCAUCAUAGGGAGUAUGAUGACGGUGGCUAUGCGGGGGAGGGGAGGCACAAGCAUCAUAGGGGUGGGGAGAGUGGGUGGGAUGAGGAGAGUAGGACGUAUAGGAAGGGGUUGGCUGUGAGGUAGAGCGGGAUUGUGCGAUGGCGGGACGAGACACGUUCAUGACUAGACGGCCUAUCUAUGGAUUCUUGCGCUAUACCCUUGCGAGUUGUAUACAUGUUAUGCUUCCAAGAACUGUAUCACCAAAAUCAGCGAUGAGAAAUACUAGCCACCUCCCGUAACGCGAAUGUGGGAUAUAUU